UCAAUUUGUUAAAUCAAAUUGCAGUCGUCAAUGUCGUCCCCGGAGAAGAAGAAGAGGAAGACGACGACGACGACCCCAAAUCCUCCGGUGCUUCCCGAUGAUUUGCUAGUGUCCAUCUUCGCACGCAUAUCGAGAUUGUACUACCCUACACUCUCUUUAGUCUCCAAGAGCUUCCGCUGGCUCCUCUCUUCACCGGAGCUUUAUGAGACCCGAUCACUCUUGGGUCGCUCGGAGAGUUGUCUCUACGUUUGCUUACAGAACUACCCUUCUGAGUCUAACCAUCGCUGGUUCACUCUUGCCCGGAAACCUAACCAAACCCUAUCCAACACCAACAGUGAGAAAAAGAAGAAGAAAAAGAAAGAGCCGAGUGGGUAUGUUCUGGCAAGAAUCCCAGUUCUAGAGUCUCCUGUUUCUGUCUUCUCAAGUUUGGCCUCGGUUGGCUCUAAUAUCUACAACAUUGGAGGAUACCCUGCAUCGUCUAGCGUCUGGAUCCUCGACUGUUGGUCUCACACGUGGCAAUAUGGUCCAAGCCUCCGGGGAAAGAGGAAGUCCCCUUCUGCUAGCGUCGUCGAUGGAAAGCUAUACGUAGCUGGAGGCUGCAGAGAUGAAGAUUCAGAUACCUACGACUCGAUCGAGGUGUUGGACCCAAGUUCUCAAAUUUGGGAUCUUGUGCACGCUUGUCCCCAGGCUUGCAAGGGGCUGAACUGGAAUUGUAAACCAACAAGCGCAUGUACUAUUGAAGGAAAGUUACACCUUUUAUUUGGGGAUAAGGGCGUGACUUACGAACCAAAGGAAGGUAAAUGGGGCACUUUCCAACAAGAAUUGUGUGAUCCUUGGAUUUGGUGGUCUCCUCAUUGCGCGAUUGAGGAUGUUUUGUACCGUUACGAGUCCGACGAUGGAGCGGUCAAAUGGUACAACACUAAGGAUACGUUGUGGAGAAAUGUGAAGGGUUUGGAUGGAUUGCCUGAGAUUGCUUGUUAUGCCACCGUUAUAUUGGCUGAUCAUGGUGGAAAGAUGGCGGUUUUGUGGGACGAGCGUGAGCUUCUGCCUUCAAGUGAAUGCAAGAACAAUAUGAUUUGGUGCGCAGUGAUUUCGCUUGAGAGGCGCAGCAGCGGAGAAGAGGUUUGUGGGAAGGUCGAGUGGUGUGACGAGGUGCUAUCGGUUCCCAAGGAAUAUGAUCUUGAGCGUGCUCUUUCUGCGACCGUUUGAUGAAUGUGGUAAAUUAGUGAGUGACUCUUGGUAUCAUUUUGUUGUAUGAUUGUGUCUUUGUGCAACUCAACCGUACAACUUUGAUGGUUAGCUCAAUUGUGUUGCUAAGUAACUAUGAGAGACUGCGUUUGGUUGAAUAGAUAGUUUCACUAUCUUCAUGGUGGAGGUAUUUGUCUCAUAAGCUUGAACGCAAUGGAAUCUUUUAAUGAUGCAAUAGUAUUGUACCAUCGUUA